GGCAGGAUUUCGUGGCAUCGACACGGCAUGUCAGCCGAAGCACUAUCGCGAGGAUCUCGUGGGAGCCGCACUCGCAAAGCUUGCUGCAGAGGAUCAGCUUCCACGCGAGGCGCUCUGGAUCCAGACCAAGUUCACGUCGCUGCGCGGGCAGGAUCCGAGCCGAGUGCCGUACGACAGCAAGGCUCCGCUGGCUGCCCAAGUGGAGCAGUCCAUAGAAAAGUCGUUGCAGAACCUGGGCACCGCCUACAUUGACUCGCUGGUGAUGCACUCGCCCAUGCCGUCGCUGGAGGAGAACCUCGAGGUGUGGCGUGUCUUUGAGCGAGCCGUAGAGCAGGGGAAAGUGCGCCAGCUAGGCAUCAGCAAUUGCUAUGACCCGCGAACCUUCCGUCGGAUCUACGACGCCGUGAGGAUCAAGCCAAGAGUGUUGCAGAAUCGGUUCUAUGUGGAGUCUGGCUACGACCUGGAGCUUCGCCAAUUCUGCUUGGAAAGGGGCAUCACCUACCAAAGCUUUUGGACACUCACCGCGAACCCGCAUGUCUUAGCAUCGCCACCUGUGCAGUCUGCUGCUGAGCGCUUGCGCGCAACUCCGGCGCAGAUUCUCUUCAGAUGGCUGAUCCAGUCAGGACAUCAGCCGCUGACAGGAACCAAGAGCUCAGACCACAUGCAGCAGGACCUGGAGGUAAUGAGCCUUGUGCUGACAGAUGGCGAGAUGCAGAGCAUCGGACAGAUGUUUGCACCCGGUGUGCCGCAUCCCAUCUUCCUCAAGUGGUCCCGAGAUCCUAGAGGGGAGGUGAAUAGCUUGCACACCAUGGCGUUCAGAAAUUUCCUUGUCUUCGCUGCAUCGAACCUGGUCUUUGACAUCCUGGCCGUUGCGCUGGCUAGCGCCAGGUAUGCCUUCUUGGGCAGAAGUCGGGCAGGGUACGAAGAGAUUCUGAACGAGGCGCCAGCGAUGCCGAAAGAUCUCGCGGCACAUGCGUAUGCAGCACCAUGA